AUGGCGGAGAAGGAAGGAGGAGUUGUGAAGAACGGCCACGAAGAAGGCCUAAAAAUGGCGAAGUCCCUUCUAGAAGAGUUCGAGCUGCCAUGUGGCCUUCUCCCAUUGGCCGAUGUGGUCGAAGUAGGAUUCGUGAGGAGCACCGGUUACAUGUGGAUCGUGCAGAAGAAGAAAGUCGAACACAAUUUCAAGAUGAUUAGCAAGCUCGUGAGUUACGACUGUGAUAUAAAGGGAUAUGUGGAAAAGAAGAGGAUCAAGAAACUCAAGGGAGUUAAGGCGAAGGAGCUUAUGCUCUGGCCACCUGUCAACGAGAUCACCGUUGAUGAUUCGCCAGCUGGCAAGAUCCACUUCAAGAGCCUAGCUGGCAUCACCAAGACUUUCCCAGUCGAGGCUUUUGCUGCUGGACAGUGA